GUCGCGCUCAGCAAGCUGCCCUGCCUGCCUGUACUUUAGCAGUUCCAAUUCCAUUGGCAAACCAUCAUCCCCAUCGAGGUCUCAGCCGAGAACUCCAAACAACUGAACUUGAGCUGGAAGCUUUUGGUUUCCUCUUCCUGGUUACACUUUUACCCAAAAACUGAUAAUCCAUCUUCACUAACAAUGUUGAACACUCGCCAAAGGAGCACCGUAGAGCGCCUUGACAGGCCAAGCGCCUACUUUUUCAACAAGAACAGGCGCAACAGACGCCAUGACCGGGACCACCGCGAUGGAGAAAAUGAGGACAGUAACAUGCAUCCCGAAGCGUUCGAUGACCCGUUGAAGGAUGCGACCACUCUCUACGUCGGCAAUCUUUCCUUCUACACUACCGAAGAACAGGUUUACGAACUCUUUAGCAAAUGCGGCGAGAUCAAGCGCUUGGUCAUGGGCCUCGAUCGUUUACAAAAGACACCGUGCGGUUUCUGCUUCGUCGAAUACUACACCCAUCAGGACGCCCUCGAUUGCAUGAAGUACAUUGGCGGCACCAAGUUGGACGAGCGUAUCAUUAGAACCGAUCUCGACCCAGGCUUCGAGGAAGGGCGACAGUACGGCCGUGGAAAGUCGGGCGGCCAAGUUAGGGAUGAGUACCGUGAGGACUACGACGAGGGCCGCGGUGGUCUUGGUCGGCAAAUCCAGGCCGAGAGAAUGAGGGAGCAUGACCACAAGCGUUACGACGACAACGACGAACAAUACGGCCGCUUGCGCUAAAGUUAACAUUGCAUGGGAGUUGCGCGGGACAAUGAGGAGUGCAUCAUGAUCCAGUGCACAGGUAUUCAACCAGCCGUCAUCACAAAUCGACACAGAACAUACAAUCAGACCCUGAAAUUACGGGGUUUUCAUUCAGGGCAGGUGGAGGCGAAACAGAGAAGCGUGAAAGACAAAUACCCCUUGGGAGACAUGAUGUUCGUUCUUGUAUUGGUAUCUUGCUAUGGUAUUUCGGGAAAUUAUUGAUUUUCCAUCCAUU